UAAUGACAUUUGUUCACUGUGAGGGUGUUUCUGUGUAACUGUAAGAGACACUGUAGGAUGUUCCUGGCCCACUGUGUUAUGGAAUGGAUUGUGCUGACAGUCCUCAGCCUCUGCCUGCCUGUGUGGAGUGCUGUGAAGGUGAUCCAGCCCUAUAGAGUGGUGAGCACCAAUGGUACAGCACAAGUCCAGUGCUUCAUCCAACCGCGACCCUCCUACCACCAGAUCCAGCCCCCCAUCGACCAAAGCCAGCUAUACCCCUACCCCAGCCCAGAAGAGCUCCGUGUGACUCUGCUGAAAGGCCUCCAUGGCACAGAGAAAUUCUGCUCGUCUAUACUCAACUACACAGAGAAGAACAAGACAGGAGUGGAGAAGGAGGAAGAGGUGCAGUGCUCUGCUUAUUUGAAAGAGGGAGCUGUGGAGGUGACGGUAUCCGGAUUGCAAGCCACAGACACAGAUAUAUAUCGCUGUCAGGUUGAAGUCUUCUACCCACCACCGUACCUGCAGCUCACAGGCAACGGCACGCUCAUUCAUGUCUUAGAAAGCCCUGACUGUCCCAUGCAGGGGGCUCACAGACAGACUGCACUGCAGGGUAUUGGAGGAGAGGUUGAUGAGGGUGAUGAGAAGACAGAAGCAGUCAGUGUUCCUGUGGUUGUACUGGUGAUACUGGUCAUGUUUGUCCUCAUCAUCAUUAUCUACUUCCAGACACUACAGUGUGAACGAGGGAAGAGGGACAUUGUAAGACCCCUGCCUGGCAUGCUUCACAAAUUGGAUCCUUCUGCAUUUUCACGUGACAACAUUGCAUGAAAACCACACAAAUGUGUCUCCUCUACCCCAAGAAUACUCACCUUUGGGCCAUCAUGUCCAAAGCAGCCUCGUAUCUGCCUAGAUGCAUGAGAAUAGCGUUGAUUAGAAAGGAGGGUUAGAGGGAUAUGGUCAUUAUUAGCUGUUUAUGAAAUAUCACCUCUGUUAUGAGGUUCUUUUUUUCUUUGAAACACCAAAAUGACAUUGAGUGUCUGUGUAUAUUUUACUUAUUAAGUAUAAAAGUAAUGUUUACGUUGUUGUAAACAGAUUAUAAUAGCAGGUUGGAAGGUUUGUAUAGCUACUACUGUGUAACUUCGCUAAACACUCCAGCGAUGCAAUGCUUUGAAUCAUCAUUGUGGCUAUUGAAUCUGCCUGUGAGUAUAUUAAUAAUUACUAUAUUUGUAUAUUUUGUUGCCAUUGCAAUGUUAAGCAAAUAUUCAUGUUGGAUA